UCCUCCAGAAAUUCAGUUCCGACCGAAACGUCGUGUGUAGUGGAUGUACUCGCUCUCGCCAGUUCCGAGCCGCAGUCGUGCUGAAGUCAACGGUCGUUCCUAGUGAUGAUUUAACGAAACCCAAACUGAACACGAUGUGUUGCGAGAACGUUAUGUUUGUACUUGUUUUGGUGCUGAUCAGUGUUGAAAAAGUGACACCGCGAUCGUUAACCAGCAUCGAGACAAUCCCACGAGGGUGCGAAUGGCAGAUGCAGCCGGUGCAGGACAACGACAGCAGAGAAGAGCCGGUGUUAUCCUGCAGGAUAAGGACUAUUAACAGUGCGGGCUCUUUGUUAGGGAACUUGAGCCAGACUCAAAUCGACCGCGUGACUGUUUUGAAGUUGGAAUGCAGCGACGUGUUGUUUUUCGAGAGUUCGUUGGAAGCCAGUAGUAAACACGGAAGUUUCUUGAAUGGGUUGCGAUGGUUGAAAGAACUCAAGUUGGAGUUCUGCAAGAUCAGAAACAUCCCAGCGGGUGUGUUAAAGUCGAUGCGUCAAUUGCGCGUUUUCUCGCUGCGUUCGCACAACUCGGACUGGUCGUCGAUGACGCUCGAGAUGCACCCGCAGAGCUUCCUCGGGAUGAGCGAGUUGAGGAGUUUGGACCUCGGUGAUAAUAACAUCUGGAGCACGCCGCCGGAGCUGUUUUGUCCCCUGUACAGUUUGACGCAUUUAAAUCUGACCAUGAACAAGCUCCAGAACGUGUCGUCCCUCGGGUUUUCCGACUGGGGUAAUGGGCCGCUGGCACCGGGCCGGGCUUGUGUCAGCGGGCUGGAAGUCCUCGACCUGUCGCACAACGACAUCAUCGCGCUGCCUGACAACGGGUUGUCCGGGCUCAGAUCCCUGGAAGAACUGCAUUUGCAAGAUAACGCCGUUUCGACGCUGGGAGAUCGCGCCUUCGUCGGCUUGACAAAUCUGCACACGCUCAACUUGUCGAGCAACUGUCUUGUCGCGCUUCCGCCAGAGCUGUUCCAGUCGUCGAGGGAGCUGAAGCACCUCUACAUCCACAACAACUCGCUGAGCGUGCUGGCGCCGGGGCUCCUCGAAGGGCUCGAUCAGCUAACGGUCCUCGACUUGUCUCGCAACGAGCUGUCCAGCCGCUGGGUCAACAGGGACACUUUCGCUGGGCUGGUGCGACUGGUUGUGCUUAACCUGGCCCACAACGAACUCACACGCAUCGACGCCAGCGUGUUCCACGACCUCUACACGCUGCAGAUCCUCAAUCUCGAGCACAAUAACAUCGAUUUUAUUGCCGAUGGGGCGUUUUCGGAGCUGAAGAACCUACACGCGCUUACGCUCACCCAUAAUUAUAUCACGAGGAUCGAAGCCUACCAUUUUUCUGGUAUGUAUGCCCUCAAUCAGCUGCUGCUUGACUCGAAUAAAAUCGAGCACAUUCAUCCGCAUACCUUCGAGAACGUGACUAACUUGCAAGACUUGGGGUUGAACGGGAACAUGCUGGGCGGCGUUCCGGUCGGUAUCGGGAAAUUGCGCUUUUUGAAGACGCUAGAUUUGGGCAAGAAUCACAUCGAGCUCGUUAAUAAUGCGUCGUUCGAGGGUUUGGACUCGCUGUACGGUUUGAGGCUGGUCGACAACCACAUUGUAAACAUUUCGAGAGAUGCUUUCUCCACUUUACCUUCGCUGCAAGUAUUGAACUUGGCAUCCAAUAAAAUUAAAUACGUGGAACAGAGUGCUUUUGCUAGUAAUCCGACCUUGAAGGCCAUUAGACUGGACGCCAACGAGUUAACCGAUAUAAGUGGCGUGUUCACCAAUUUACAGAGUUUGGUUUGGUUGAACGUUUCGUCGAAUAAGCUGCUCUGGUUCGACUUCAGCCAUUUGCCCUCGAGCCUCGAGUGGCUCGACAUGCACGAUAAUAAAAUAACCGAGCUGGGAAAUUAUUAUGACGUAAGAAACACGCUGAAAAUUAAAAUGCUGGAUGUUAGCUUCAAUUCAAUAACAGAAGUGCACGAGAACUGCAUUCCGGACAGCGUCGAGACUCUCUUCUUGAAUAAUAACCAAAUAACUAGCGUUCAUCCGAACACUUUCGUGAAAAAACUAAGACUUGAGAAAGUAGUUCUGUACGGGAACGAUAUCAGAUAUCUUGACCUCGCAGCUUUGAGUCUGACACAGGUCACCGAGGACAAAGAUCUUCCGCAGUUUUACAUCGGCGGAAAUCCUUUUCGUUGCGAUUGCCGCAUGGAGUGGCUGCUCAGAAUCAACCAUCUCAGUAAUCUGCGCCAGUACCCCCAGGUGCUGGACCUGGACACCGUCCACUGCGAGCUGGCGCACGCCCGGGGCUCGCCCCCUCAGCCUCUCCUUAGUUUAAAACCGUCGCAAUUCCUCUGCCCCUACGAGACCCACUGUUUCGCUCUGUGCCAUUGCUGCGACUUCGACGCUUGCGACUGCGAGAUGACGUGUCCGACCAACUGCACGUGCUACCACGACCACACGUGGUCCAGCAAUGUGGUCGACUGCAGCAACGCCGGCUACACUGCCGUCCCAGAGAAGAUACCCAUGGACGCCACCGAGAUCUACUUGGACGGCAACGACUUGGGCGAGCUCGGCAGUCACGUCUUCAUCGGCAAGAAAAAACUCGAGGUCUUGUUUUUAAACAACAGCAACGUGAGGGCCGUGCACAACCGGACCUUCAACGGCGUCAAAUCCCUCAAAGUCCUCCACAUGGAGAACAACAACCUGGAGGAGCUGCGCGGCUUCGAGUUCGACCAGCUUGAGCGCCUCAACGAGCUGUACUUAGACCACAACAGAAUCUCGUACGUCAGCAACCAGACCUUCAGGAACAUGCACAAGCUCGAGGUGCUCAAGCUGGACGAGAACAAGAUCGUCGAUUUCAUCCCUCAAUGGGCAGUUUCCGAAUCUGGUGCGGUUCCGCGCGUGACUCUCGACGGCAACAAGUGGUCGUGCGACUGCAGUUCGUUGGGGCGUCUGGAGAGCUGGAUCCGGGAGACCGGGGGAGACCCCUCGAAGCUGUAUUGCGUGGAUCGCGACGAUUCCGAGACCGUGGCCGAGGUGAUCACCCGCUGUGAUAACAAGGACAACGCGAUCGCCACGUCUGUGAUCCAACGGGAGGUGCUCAAGAAUAACCCGUUGCUGGGCGGCAGCUACGUGCCGCUGCUGGCCGCCACCCUCGUCGCCGUCAUCGUUUUUUGCCUGUUGGCGGCUGUCAUUUUCGUGUUCCGCCAGGACGUUCGCUUGUGGGCGCACUCGAAGUAUGGGAUCCGGAUUUUUCAAGACGCCGCCACUGCGCACGAUAACAAAGACGAACGUGACCGUCUUUACGAUUGCUACAUGGUCUACAGCCACAAGGAUGAAGAACUGGCCGCAAGGAUAAUUGCCCCAGAACUUGAACAACUCGGACACACCCUCUGUCUUCAUAACAGAGACUUGGCACUCCACGGCGGCGCCUCGUACCUCGCCGACGCCAUGGUAGGCGCCUCUGACGCGUCCCGGCGCGUCAUCUUCGUGGUGUCUCCGGCCCUCAUCUGCAACGAGUGGUCCCGCCCGGAAUUCCGCGCCGCCCUCCAGGCCGCGCUCCGAACGGCCCACCGCCACAAGCUGGUGUGUGUCCUCAGCGGCGACCCCCUCGAGCCCAUGGACCCGGAACUGCGGGCUCUGCUCCGCGCCUGCACCGUCACCCGGUGGGGCGAGCGGCGGUUCUGGGAGAAGCUGCGCUACGCCAUGCCGGACGUGGCCAACGGCAACCGGUCGAGACGCAGUAAGAAGCACCACCAGCCGGAAAUCCGGUGCAAGGUCAGCGCGAGGUACACCGCGGCGCCCACGGCUCCGGACUCCUGGUACAAGUACCAGGCCAUGCCCGGAGUGCACGCGGCCGCGUUGACACCCACGCCCACCCAGAGCACCUACGUUUCCGGGGAGUCGGCCCGGAGCACGGAGGACGAGGCCGGAUCCAGCGCUAGUAGCCAACAUUAUGGGUCGGAGCAGCUGAACCACAGCUACGUCUCCAUCGAUGGGCGGCCUCCGCAGUACACCCAGUACCCGAUGUGUAGGCCUGAGGUACCGCACCAUCUCUACUCUACCAUACCGGAUAGUCAACCUCAGUCGAGGACUUACUUUGUGUGAAUGUAAGUUGAUUUUUAAAGGCUGUUUUACUUAACGGAUAGGAUUAAAGACGUAUAAAGCAAUUUGUAGUUUUCGUAAUUAAUAUUCAAAUGUCACUAGUUCGUAAUUACAAGUAAAUUAUUGUUGUAAAUAUGCUGUAAAUAUGAUUCGAGAACGAUAUUUAUUUAUAUUGUACGUGUAGUACUAUUUACUAAACGCUUAUUAGUCACUAUUUUAAGUAUUUGUACA